UUAAAUGCGAAUCGACAAUUGAAGGCACUAGAUGUACUAAUACUUGUAAAUAUUAUAUAGAAAUGCGCGACUUGGUAGUCACUUUGCUGGGCCUUCAGUUUUUCGGGGCGAUCAAUACUCAGAUGUUGCGUAGCCAAGGAAAUUCCUAAAUGUAACUUUGGAGAUUCGCAGUGUAUUGUCAAGUCUAUGAACGCGCUAAUAAGGAAGUUUCCCAAAGGAAUACCUGCGCUGGGUCUCAAACCCAUCGACGUGGUGGACAUCAAGGACUCAAAGUUCUGGGACGACGAACGGGUGGGAGGCUUCUGGAUAAGGACUUUUCUAUACGAUCAGGUGAACUGUGGGUUUGAGAACACGACCAUCACGAAGGUGAACGGCUUCGAUGAGAAUCCCACUUCCAGUUUGAUAGAGAUUCACGGCCGUAUUCCUAGCCUCAUCCACAAAGGAAGCUAUUUAUCUGAAGCAAGAAUUACGCUCAUCAGACUAAAUUCUUCGGGAGAGUCCUUUUCGGACUUCCAGAACUUUCGCUUCGUCCUAAAGCUGAAGGUCAUCAUGGAGUAUCGGAACAACAAGCGCUACCUGAAGAUCUACGAGCUGACUCCGUUUGUCAACAUGGAUCGCUGGGUGUUCUGGUUGGACAACUUUUUCGCUGACAACACGGAUGCCACAAUAGCCAUAAACAAUGUUUUCAACAAGUACUGGGUAGAGUUAUGGAACGAACUGGAGCCGCAGAAUCUAAAAAUCUUUUCCGAAGUAUUUCGUAGUGUGUUUGAGGAUGUAUUCGCAAACAUUUCCUACGACGAUAUGUUCCUUCCGGUCCACAAAGAAUUUGAAAUAAACGAUUAACAUAUGAA